CCUAUUCUACUCCUAUUUGCUUUAUGACGCAUAAACAAGUUGAUAUUUUGACAAAUAAUCAUAGGCUUUCUCCCUUACACUAAUCACUUGCCCCUCUACUAUACACCGCGCGUCUUCAACAAGGUCCAUCCCUCGACGAGAACAGCCACCAACAGCACCAAUAUACAGUAAAAUGCGGUGGAGGGUUCUGUUUUCUCUAGUUUGCUCACUGGACUGCACACAGAAGAAGAUGGGAAAAAAACAGAACAAAUUACCAACUGGCUUAAUCAAUCACUGUUCCGCGGGGCAACAUAUCGCGGCGCAGCACUCGAAGCAGCCGAAACACGAUAGAGCCAUGCAGAGCUGGGUCAAGGCUACUGCACAUUGGUUGUUCAUUCUGGAACAGCACUGGACGCAGCACAUGCAGCAGCAGUGGCCGUACAACCUCUCGCAGCAGUUGGAGGCCGCCUUUAUCAUCAUCUCGGCUGCCUCUGGCAGCCUCGGUUCCUCGGUCCCUGGCGCGACUGGAGAUAGAACACAGCUGUACUUACGGUGUCAAAGAUGGUAUUAAUUAUUACCUUGCGCCCAGCAGGCGGUUCGGCGGAUUGGUACACUCUCUGCGUUUCCAAUAUCGACAUGCGUGUGUAUUCAGAUGCAACUCCUGUUUGUAUGCUGAUUUGGGAAACCUGCCAGUGCCAGGUACCAUUAGAGUUCACGAUCACUAGGAUAGUAGUAUGCAUAUCAAGGUGGUGGCCAUAUAUAUAUGUCUAUAGAAGGAAGAGGAUGAUGAAACACAGCUUAUACCUUCUCCUCUAGCUGUUUACUUGUUGAAAACCAUGCCUGGGCCGUUAGUAUAUCAAUCUGCUGCUUUGCAAAUACCU